GAAUUCAUCUUCCCGGUUCCCAACUCUCCUAGAUAAGACUUUCCCCCUCCCUCCAAGGUCUGAUGGCGGAGUGACUCGUAGGAAUCACUUGCAGAUCCAAAUUUUCUUUUUCUUUUCGUCUCCUGAAGAAAAACAUUACUCGAGAAAAUGAGUACAUCGUCGAAAACACAUAGGAAACUGAAUGUGCUGUCCCCUGUUCCGGCCGACAUCGAUAUUGCCAACUCAGUGGUGCCCUUUCACAUCUCCGAGAUUGCCCAAGAGCUCAAUCUCGAUCCAAGUCAUUACGAUCUAUAUGGAAAGUACAAGGCCAAGGUGUUGCUAUCUGUGCUAGAUGCUCUUCAAGGAAGUGGAGAUGGGUACUAUAUUGUUGUUGGAGGAAUUACACCAACCCCUCUUGGUGAAGGCAAGUCUACUACCACUGUUGGUCUCUGUCAAGCUUUGGGAGCUUUUCUUGAUAAAAAGGUUGUCACCUGCCUUCGUCAACCAUCACAAGGACCAACUUUUGGAAUUAAAGGAGGUGCAGCAGGUGGUGGUUAUAGUCAAGUGAUUCCCAUGGACGAGUUCAAUCUUCACCUAACGGGAGAUAUCCAUGCAAUAACAGCUGCAAACAAUUUAUUAGCUGCAGCCAUUGAUACCCGAAUUUUCCAUGAGGCAUCCCAAUCAGAUAAGGCUCUCUUCAACCGGUUAUGUCCACCAAAUAAAGAAGGAAAGCGUAGCUUUAGUUCCAUCAUGUUUAGGCGCCUGAAUAAACUCGGCAUCUCAAAGACAAAGCCCGAGGAUCUUACAUCAGAAGAAGUCAAGAAAUUUGCCAGGCUUGAUAUUGACCCUGAUUCUAUAACAUGGAGAAGGGUUAUGGAUGUCAAUGACCGUUUCUUGAGGAAGAUUACUAUUGGACAAGGGCCUGAAGAAAAGGGUAUGGUGAGAGAAACGGGUUUUGAUAUAUCGGUUGCUAGUGAAAUCAUGGCUGUUUUGGCUCUCACAACAUCUCUAGCUGAUAUGAGAGAGAGACUUGGGAAAAUGGUGAUUGGAAACAGUAAGGCUGGAGAGCCUAUAACUGCGGAUGAUCUUGGGGUUGGAGGUGCUUUGACUGUGCUAAUGAAGGACGCCAUUAAUCCAACUUUGAUGCAGACUCUUGAGGGAACUCCUGUUCUUGUGCAUGCCGGCCCUUUCGCAAAUAUUGCUCAUGGGAAUUCAUCUGUUGUGGCUGAUAAGAUUGCAUUGAAGCUUGUGGGACCAGGUGGGUUUGUCGUCACAGAGGCUGGUUUUGGUGCUGAUAUUGGAACAGAGAAGUUCAUGAAUAUAAAGUGCAGAUAUAGUGGUUUAACACCUCAGUGCGCAGUUAUUGUGGCAACAAUUAGGGCACUAAAAAUGCAUGGUGGUGGCCCGGAAGUUGUUGCUGGGAAGCCCCUUGACCGUGCCUACCUGACUGAGAAUGUUGCUCUGGUUGAAGUUGGCUGUGUGAAUCUGGCCAGGCAUAUUUCAAACACAAGGGCUUAUGGUGUGAAUGUUGUGGUUGCUGUGAACAUGUUCUCAACUGACUCUGAAGCAGAACUAAAUGCAGUAAAAAAUGCAGCAUUGUUUGCUGGGGCCUAUGAUGCCGUAGUUUGUACUCAUCAUGCCCAUGGUGGACGAGGAGCGGUGGACCUAGGUAUUGCAGUUCAAAGAGCCUGUGAGACUGUGGCACAGCCAUUGAAGUUUUUAUAUCCUUUGGAUAUUAGUAUCAAGGAGAAAAUAGAGGAAAUAGCCAAGUCGUACGGUGCCAGCGGUGUUGAAUACUCAGAACAGGCUGAGAAACAGAUUGAGAUGUACAGUAGACAAGGGUUUUCUAAUCUGCCCAUCUGCAUGGCCAAGACCCAGUACUCAUUUUCACACACCGCUUCUGAGAAGGGAGCCCCAACUGGAUUUGUCUUACCAAUAAGGGAUGUGAGGGCGAGCAUUGGAGCCGGAUUCAUUUAUCCUUUGGUUGGGACAAUGAGUACAAUGCCAGGGCUUCCUACCAGGCCAUGCUUUUAUGAGAUUGAUCUCGACACAACCACUGGUAAGGUUAUUGGGCUUUCUUGAAGCAUAUGGAAGCUCGGGUACUGUGUUUGGUUCUCCUGCUGCCCUGGAAGGAGGCCUUUAUUGAAUGGCACAGAAAAAGGCUGAGUUAACCUCCCCAUUUCAGUUUGUUGAACUUUUGUUAUUGUGUUUUGCCCAUCUGGACCAUGUUCUGUAUGAAUAAACCAUACAUUUGAAGAAUAAAGAAAAUGAAAUCUUGUUACUUUCUGUUAC